AGCAGCACCUCUUUCGUCUCUGCUCCCACAACAGACCCCCACAAGGUAGGCAAAGCGCGUCCACACCACCUUCCCUUGCACACAACCAACCUCCUUGCUCACUUGCUGAGCUUUGUCAUUAAGGCAGGGGCCCCCAGAGCGUUUUUAGUCCCUUUUCACGUGUCCACGUGGGUGUGCUUUAUAAAUGCAUAGAAUAUGGCAGCUAGUAUCAGUGCCAUUUCGUGUGUGCCGGUUUGAAGAAGAUUUGUUGCAGCACAACGGCAGCCAGGCGCAGUGCGACGGGUCCUACCACUGACCUACAUGUGGAUUCCUCACGCUGUGGAGGAUGAAGCAUUGGGCAUGUCGCACAGCAUUUAAGUGUGUGCGGGGUGAGGGUAGGGCCUUAGAGCCACGAUCCAACAAUGGCCCCCGAGUGCUCCAUUUAGUGACACAACGGCACACGCCCUUUCUGGUGUUGCACUACCCCCUGUUGCUUCAUGUACAGCAUGCAAGCGCACCACUCCUUCUGCUCAUGGGCAUAGUGUGCUGGGGCCCUCUUUUGAGCCCAUACGGCGCAGCACACUGGGUAGAUGGCAAACGCAAUACCGCUUGGGAUAUUACACAGCGAGCAGCAUCCUCUAUCUCCACAAUUUUCUGCACAGUUGUUCUUCUUUCCGUUUCCACUUCGGAUUCUUGUGUGCUCCUUGAGCGCCAAGAUGGAAAUAUGGAUGUUUGAAACCGGAUGGGUAGCUCGCUGUCCUUUUCUAUGUAGUUUGUUUCUCGUUUCUUUUUGUUCUGCUGGUUCUCAGUUCCCCAAGGCAAA